AUGGACGCAGCGUUGUACAAGGACACCAAGGUCUCCCGAGGUCUCACUUACCACUACUUCUACUCCCCGGCGACGGCGGGAUACCCGACCCUCCUCUUCGUGCAUGGCUUCCCGUCGAGCUCGUUCGACUGGCACAGGCAAGUGGAGUACUUCCGGCCGAAGGGCUAUGGGCUUCUCGUACCAGACAACGUCGGCGCCGGCGGGACAUCCAAACCAGACGACCCAGACGCGUUCCGCCUUGCCCUGAUCGCACGGGAUAUCGUCGACCUGCUCGACGCGGAGGGCCUGGAGAAAGUCAUCGGGAUCGGGCACGACUGGGGCUCUGCGAUCCUGGCGCGCCUCGCGAACCUGUUCGACGAGCGUUUCCAUGCGUAUGCCUGGAUCGCCAUCGGGUACUGGCCGCCGUCUCCGUCUCCGAUGGACGUCGACGCCCUUAUCGAAUACCUGAAGGCGCAAACCGGGGACCCCUGCUACGGCUACUGGAAAUUCUUCAGUUCUGACGACGCACACGUGGUUUGCGAGCGGAACAUCGACUCGUUCUUGCAGCUCGUCUACCCCGAGCACCCUGAGGUAUGGUCAGAGUGGCUAACCCCGCUAGGGAAUGCGCAACAAUGGGUGGAGGAGAACCGCACGCCAGGCAUCCCUGCUUGGUUAACGCAGGAGGAAUAUGGCACCUUGCGGGAGACUCUUGUGAAUGGCAACCUCAGGUCGCUGCUCAAUGUCUACAAAGGGAUCGUCAGAAACCUGAACGUCCCGGACGACGAGAGGAUCCCCCAGGAGGCCUGGACAAUCCGAAAACCGGCGCUCAGUAUCUUCACCCUUCGCGACGCUGCGGGCCCGCCCGCCCUUCAGAAGCAGAACACGGAGAAGUACCUGCCUUACGGCAAGGUCGUCGAGCUGGACGUCGGCCAUUGGGUGCAGUUCGAGGCGACCGAGCAAUUGAACGCAGAACUUGGGAGCUGGAUCGAAGGUCUCGGUCUGCAAGGGCCUGCAUGA